AAAUUUCAAUUUCCAUUAUUUUCGUUGGCCUGUGCUUGUUCGCGCCUUCGUUACUGGGUUAGGGUUUGGCACCAAGUUAGUGGAAUGGUGAUCUCAAGCGGAUUUGCCCAAUAAUCUCUCCUCUUCAAUUCCGCCAUUGUCAUAUCAGUUUUCAAUUGUUCCAACUCCUCAGGCAUAAUUUGGCUCCUCACCGGGAACUUGCGGUUCCUCUCUGUUGCGUACUAUCAAAUUCUAGUUUAUUUCAUUGUAGAAUUUUCGAUGAUGCAGUUCCUGACUUCCCAGUUCACACUUGAUAUGCGUCCAUUUGAUAUUCUUUGGUGAUGGCAAACCGAAAUUUAGUGUGGAACGUUGUGAAGAAAUCUUUCACAUUUGGAAUUAUAGGGGUUACGAUUUCGGAUCGUUAUGCGAGUGUUGUUCCUAUCCGUGGUGCUUCAAUGUCUCCCACUUUUAAUCCUAUUGCGACUUCUCUGACAGGACCAAUGACUGGUGACUACGUGCUGGUUGAGAAAUUUUGCCUUGAGAAAUAUAAAUUUUCUCCCGGUGACGUUAUUGUUUACCGCUCCCCUUGUAAUUACAAGGAGAAACAAGUGAAAAGAAUUAUUGCCUUACCAGGAGAUUGGGUUGGAACUCGUCAAACAUAUGAUGUUGUUAAGGUUCCAGAAGGACACUGUUGGGUUGAAGGCGAUAAUCCAGAAUGCAGCAUGGAUUCGAGAUCUUUUGGCCCAAUUCCAAUGGGUUUGAUUCAAGGAAGGGUGUCACACAUCGUAUGGCCACCUCAAAGAAUUGGUGCUGUUGAGAAAAAAUAUCCUCAAGGAGAAUCAAAUCCUACCAAUUCAACUAAAACUCAAGGUAGAGAGAGAAGUAGUUUUUCAUGAUCAACCUGACCCCCUUAUUUGAGGCUUUUUUUUUGUAGUGAUUUUUAUCCAGUUACCAUCUUUAAUGUUGUUUUAUAAACAUAUAUUCACAUACAUUAUUUACAUUCUUUGGGUAUUUUCAAUAUAUAAUACCCAUCUUCUAGGAUUGAUUCAGGCCACUUUGGAAGACUUCUUAUUGUUUAUUUUUAGCAAAUUUUUGUUCUUAAAAAAUCUUCUAUGGUCAUUGGUAAUUAAUUUCAGAAAUAUGUAUUAAUAAUGAUCUUAUGUUGUUCUGCUA